AUGCCAAGGAUUUUGAUUAUCCGCAUUGCCUGGUUUUACCUCUGCGGCCUAGCGUUGACUGCAUUAAUAUCGGCAGCCCAGAACAACACAAACACAAACACCACCGCCCCCGUCACCACCAUCACCAAAGGUGCCAACAUCACCAAAUCACCAGGAUGUCAGCGCCAGUGUGGAAACCUGACAGUUCCAUAUCCAUUUGGAGUUGGCCCAGGAUCUGGUUGUGCUAUAGGGACUUGGUUUGAGAUUACAUGCAACACAUCUUUCAACCCUCCCAAGCCUUUCAUAGGUCAGCUAGAGAUUUAUGAUAUAUCAGAUAGCCAGAUCCGCAUUUCCAAUGUCAUGGCCAAGAAGUGCUACAGUCAAUCCGGGGCAUUGGUCCAGGAUAACACAGCCUGGACCAACCUAGGGACUACGCCAUACAGCUUUUCGGAACUAAACAAGUUCACUGUCAUCGGCUGCGAUGACUUCGCUCUCAUAACAGGAUCUGAAGGCCUCAACUUCACUAGUGGAUGCGUAUCUCUCUGCUCCAAAGCCGAGGACGUGCCAGAUGGGUACUGUUCCGGCAUUGGGUGUUGCCAAACAUCCAUACCCAGGGGUCUCAAGUACUAUUUUGCUUCCCUCAGCUCCUUGAAGAACCAUACGACGGUCUCCUCAUUCGAUCCCUGUAGCUAUGCCUUUCUCGGUGAGCAGGAUCGAUUCAUAUUCCGCGGGGCGUCCGAUUUUUCUGAUCCUAAUUUCAUGCAGAGGACCUUGGCCACCGUUCCGAUAGUGCUGGACUGGGCACUUGGAAACCUGAGUUGCUCAGCAGCCCAGAAAGCAAAUGAUUAUGCAUGCAAAGCUAACAGUGACUGCGUUGAUUCAGAGACCGGAUUUGGGGGGUAUCGCUGCAGCUGCAAUCCGGGUUACGAGGGCAAUCCUUACGUCAGUCCAGGCUGCCAAGACAUCAACGAAUGUGCAGAUCCAAAUAACAAUCCCUGUGAAAGGAUCUGUAUCAACACUCCAGGUGCGUACAACUGCUCUUGUCCUGGAGGAUAUUAUGGUGAUGGCAAAAAAGAUGGCCGUGGUUGCAUUGCCAACAACAAAGAGCUCCCAGUAAUCAAGCUUUCUCUAGGUUUGGGUUUUGGCUUUCUGUCUUUGCUGGUGGGAAUAACUUGGCUGUACUUUGGCAUCAAAAAGAGGAAGCUUAUUAAACUCAGAGAGAACUUCUUUCAGCAAAAUGGUGGCUUGCUGUUGAAGCAACAACUGUCCUCAAAUGGAGGUGGUGUGGAAUCAACAAAAGUUUUUACGGCUGAAGAGCUAGAGAAAGCUACCAACAAAUAUGCAGAUGACAGGAUCCUCGGUCGAGGUGGUUAUGGAACAGUCUACAAAGGAAUUCUACCUGAUAAACGCAUUGUUGCAAUCAAGAAGUCGAGAAUAAUGGACGAGAGUCAGAUAGAGCAGUUUAUCAAUGAGAUGGUUAUUCUUACGCAGGUUAAUCAUCGUAAUGUUGUGAAGCUCUUAGGGUGUUGUCUGGAGGCAGAAGUUCCCUUACUGGUUUAUGAGUAUGUCUCUAGCGGGACUCUCUUCCACCAUAUCCAAAACAGUGCAAUGACUUGGUUAUCCUGGGAGGAUCGAUUAAGGAUAGCUGCUGAGGCUGCUGGUGCACUUUCUUACCUACAUUCAGCGGCUUCAAAACCUGUAAUUCAUAGAGAUGUUAAGUCUGCCAACAUACUGCUGGAUGAAUAUUAUACUGCAAAAAUAUCGGAUUUUGGAGCUUCGAGGCUAGUACCGCUGGAUCAAACUCAAGUGACGACGCUAGUGCAAGGGACAUUAGGAUAUCUGGACCCAGAAUAUUUCCAUACAAGUCAGCUGACAGAAAAAAGUGAUGUUUAUAGCUUUGGUGUGGUCCUUGCAGAACUUUUAACAGGUAAAAAACCGCUUUGUAUGGAGAGAAGCCAAAAAGAAAGGAACUUAGCCAAAUAUUUCCUCAUGUCCAUGAAGGAAAAUCGAUUGUUUCAAAUUCUUGAGCCACGAGUUGUAAGGGAGGGGUCUUUAGAGCAGCUCCAAGCAGCUGGUGAGCUAGUAAAGAGAUGCCUUUACUUAAGUGGCGUGGAUAGGCCAACAAUGAAGGAAGUUGCCAUGGAACUGGAAGGAUUAAGAAAGUUUACCCUUAGACAUCCUUGGGCUAAUCAACAUGGUCAUGAAGAAUCAAUGGGCUUAAUGACAGAGAAUGAAGCAUCAGACCUUUACACCGUCCCAAUGAGCCCUUAUUCAGAUACCGUACCCCUAUCUGGGCAAUACAGCUCAGACACAGCUCAGGUGAUGUUCCCAGCAAACAGCCCCCGCUGA